AUGGCUUUAGUCUUUAGAACAGCAAUGCAAUCGGUUGGGCUUUUAUCAUCUCUGUUGGGAUGGGUUUUAUCCUGCCUUACAAACUACCUGCCACACUGGAAGAACCUCAACCUGGACUUAAAUGAAAUGGAAAACUGGACCAUGGGCCUGUGGAAAACCUGCGUCAUCCAGGAAGAGGUGGGGAGGCAAUGCAAGGACUUCGAUUCCUUCCUGGCUUUGCCGACUGAGCUCAGGGUCUCUCGGAUUUUAAUGUUCCUGUCAAAUGGGCUGGGGUUUCUAGGCCUGCUGGUCUCCGGGCUGAGCCUGGACUGUUUGAGAACUGGACAGAGACUGCAAGAUCUCAAGAGGCAACUGCUAAUCCUGGGAGGAAUCCUGCUCUGGACCUCGGGAAUCGUGGCCCUCAUUCCAGUCUCUUGGGUUGCUCACAUCACAGUGCAGGAGUUCUGGGAUGAGACCAUCCCAGAGAUUGUCCCCAGGUGGGAGUUUGGGGAAGCCCUCUUUCUUGGCUGGUUUUCUGGGAUUUCUCUUCUGCUGGGAGGGAGUGUGCUUCACUGUGCAGCCUGCUCAGCCUCAGCUCCUGGAGCUCUGGGCCACUAUGCAGUGGCAGAAAUACACGAUCACUGCCAACACCUGGAAAUGAAACACACCAACCUGGAACACUAAGCCAGUGGGAUCAGCAGAGUCCGCCCUUCAGGAGAAGCUUGCUCAGCAAUGGAUUUGGUAGGAGCUUCCGCUACAUAGUCAUUCACUGUGCUUUCAAUUUUCUCAAAUAUCUUUUGUUUUUCUUGUGGCUGUUAGGUCCUUAAAAAAAAAAGUUUCUUUCUAAGCCUGGUAAAUGACUUUUAUUUUCUACCUGGAGACCAAAACCAAUUAAGAGCUAACAGUAAUCACAUUCAUUACUGUACAUGGCUGGUUUUUUAUUUUUUUAUUUUUUUUUCAUUUUAAAAUAGACA